AUGCCACCAAAAAAGAAAGGUAACAAAAAGAACCAGGACUGGGAGGAUGACGAUCAGUCUGAACAGUCGUCGAUCGUGUCCGGACAAUCCGGGAAAGCUGCAAAAAAGAAGGGGGGCAAAGUUGACAACGUGGAUUCCGACGAAGAGGGUGGAGCUCCGGCUAGUCGGAGUGGAAAGAAGGCACCCCCAGCACCAGCUCCGAGUGGUGGUAAAAAGGGCAAGAAAGGCAAGCGGGGGAAGGACGAUGAUGAUUGGAGUGAUGAUGAGCCGAAGAAGGGUGGUGCUGCUGCCGCGCAGGAGGAACAGGUAAAGGAACCGGCCAAACAAGGUGGCAAGAAGGAAGCGAAAAAACCGGCCGCAAAGGGAAAGGGGAAAGGCAAAAAGGAUGACGAUUGGUCGGAUAAGGAGGAGAAGGAGAUCGAUCUGCUUGCCGGUGGAUCGGAUGAUGAUGAGGACGAUGACGACGAGGAAGUGGUGAUGGUGACUAAGAAGUCGGCCAAGAAGAAGCAACCGAAAAAAGCGGGGAAGAAGGCGGUGGUGGUACAGGAAUCGGAGGAGGAAGAGGAAGAGGAGGAGGAGGAGGAGGAAAGUGAAGAGGAAGAAGCUGCACCGGAACCAGAACCGGUGGUUAAGAAGGAACCACCCAAGAAGGAGGUGGAGAAACCGAGGGAGGAACCGGUAGAGGUUAAGCAACCGGAACCAGUUCCCCAACCAGAACCGGAAAAGAAAAAGGAAGAAAAGACGGCUAAACAGGAAAAGGUGAAAGUGCCCGAACCGGAAGAAAGGCAACCGGAUCCGGACGUGGAUGAAAUCGCCGAUCAGGUAGCGGAUGAACUUAAGCUCGAGGAUGGUGAGGAUGAGGACGACGGAACUGGAGAAAAGGAAAAGAAGCUAACGCACAAGGAAAAGAAAAAGUUGAAGAAGCAACAAGAAUUUGAGAAGCAGCAAGAGGCCAUGCUCCGGAAAGGUGGCCAAGGACAUUCGGAUCUGGACAGUAACUUUACCAUGUCACAGGCACUUAAAACCGGCAACCAGAGCAAACACAUGGAGCAUGCGGUGGACAUCAAGAUUGAAAAUUUUACCAUUUCCGCCAAGGGUAAUGAUCUGUUUGUGAAUGCUAAUUUACUCAUCGCCAACGGACGCCAUUAUGGUUUGGUUGGACCGAACGGACACGGCAAGACUACGCUGCUGCGUCACAUUGCUAACCGUGCCUUUGCCAUCCCGCCCAACAUUGAUGUGUUGCUGUGCGAGCAGGAAGUCGUGGCGGAUGAAACGUCCGCCGUCGAGACGGUACUGAAGGCAGAUGUAAAGCGAACUGCUCUCCUGAAGGAAUGCAAAGAGCUAGAAGAGGCGGUGGAAUCGGGAAAGAUCGAACUGCAGGACAAAUUGCAGGAGGUUUACAACGAACUGAAAGCGAUCGGUGCAGAUUCGGCGGAACCACGUGCUAGACGUAUUUUGGCCGGUUUAGGAUUUUCGCGCGAAAUGCAGAAUCGACCAACGAACGCGUUUUCCGGUGGUUGGCGUAUGCGUGUAUCGCUCGCUAGGGCACUCUUUAUCGAACCAACGCUAUUACUGCUCGAUGAACCGACGAACCAUCUCGAUUUGAACGCCGUCAUCUGGUUAGACAACUAUCUGCAAGGUUGGAAGAAGACGCUACUCAUCGUUUCUCACGACCAGUCUUUCCUCGACAAUGUCUGUAACGAAAUUAUCCAUCUGGACAACAAGAAGCUUUACUACUACAAGGGCAACUAUACGAUGUUUAAGAAAAUGUAUGUCCAAAAGCGAAAGGAAAUGGUUAAGGAGUACGAGAAGCAGGAACGCCGGUUGAAGGACAUGAAGGCGCACGGUCAGUCGAAGAAGGCAGCUGAGAAGAAGCAGAAAGAAAAUCUGACCCGCAAGCAGGAAAAGGGACGCACGAAGAAUCAAAAGCCGGGUGAGGAUGAUGAGGGACCGGUGGAGUUGCUGUCCAAGCCGAAGGAGUACAUUGUGAAGUUUAGCUUCCCGGAUCCGCCACCGUUGCAGCCACCGAUUCUUGGAUUGCACAAUUGCCAUUUCAACUUCCCGAACCAAAAGCCACUGUUUGUCGGUGCCGAUUUCGGUAUCGAUCUGAGCAGCCGUGUCGCAAUCGUUGGUCCGAACGGUGUCGGUAAAUCCACCUUCCUGAAGCUUCUCGUCGGUGAGCUGGAACCGGUCAAGGGUGAGGCGAAACGCAAUCACCGGCUACGCAUUGGCCGCUUUGAUCAGCAUUCGGGCGAACAUCUGACGGCGGAAGAAACGCCUUCCGAGUAUUUGCAACGUUUGUUCAAUCUCCCUUACGAGAAGGCUCGUAAACAGCUCGGAACUUUUGGACUUGCAAGUCAUGCGCAUACGAUCAAGAUGAAGGAUCUGUCCGGUGGUCAGAAAGCACGUGUAGCGUUGGCGGAACUGUGCCUGAAUGCGCCGGACGUGCUGAUUCUCGACGAACCCACCAACAAUCUGGACAUCGAAUCGAUUGAUGCGCUGGCGGAUGCGAUCAACGAUUAUAAGGGUGGUGUGAUCAUUGUGUCUCACGACGAGCGGCUUAUCCGUGAGACCGAGUGUACGCUGUUCGUGAUCGAGGAGCAGACGAUUAACGAGGUGGACGGGGACUUUGACGACUACCGGAAGGAGGUGUUGGACAGCUUGGGCGAAGUUAUUAACAAUCCAAGUAUAUCGGCUAAUGCGGCCGUACAACAGUGAGAA